AUGAGUGAACCACAGGCCAUGUAUGCGACUGACGAGUACGGUCGUCCGUUCAUUAUCCUCCGCGAGCAAGCCAAGAAGACUCGCAGUCAUGGCAUUGAGGCAAUUAAGUCGCACAUCCUUGCUGCAAGAACAGUAGCAAACAUCAUUCGGACAUCGCUCGGACCUCGAGGUCUCGAUAAAAUCCUCAUUUCUCCAGAUGGCGACAUCACUGUGACAAAUGAUGGUGCAACAAUCCUCAGCCAGAUGGAGGUGGAGCACCAGAUCGCGAAGCUGCUCGUGCAACUAUCGAAGAGUCAGGAUGACGAGAUUGGUGAUGGCACGACAGGCGUUGUCGUCCUUGCUGGUGCAUUAUUGGAGCAAAGCGAAGCUCUACUCGACCGUGGAAUCCACCCGAUCCGAAUCGCAGAUGGCUUCGACCGGGCGUGUGUCGUUGCGGUCGAGCACCUGGAUCGUAUUUCUGACCGCGUUGAGUUCUCACUCUCCGACACAUCCAACCUCUACAAAACCGCCAUGACGGCGCUUGGCAGCAAAAUUGUCUCGAAGGAGCACCAGAAGUUCGCCGAAAUCGCUGUCGAAGCUGUGCUCGCUGUCACGGACUUCGAGCGUAAGGACGUGCCGUUCGACAUGAUCAAGGUCGACGGCAAAGUUGGAGGCUCCCUCGCCGACACGGCGCUGAUCCGCGGCGUGCUGAUCGACAAGGACAUGUCGCACCCGCAGAUGCCGCACAGCGUACACGACGCGAAGAUCGCCAUCCUCACGUGCCCGUUCGAACCUCCACGCCCGAAGACGAAGCACAAACUCGACAUCACGAGUGUGGAGGAGUACAACAACCUCCGCGCGUACGAGAAGGCCAAGUUCGAAGACAUGAUUAAACUCGUCAAGGACACUGGCGCGAAUCUGGUCAUCUGCCAGUGGGGCUUCGAUGAUGAGGCGAACCACCUGUUGAUGCAAAACGAUCUUCCUGCCGUGCGGUGGGUUGGCGGCCCGGAGAUUGAGCUCAUCGCCAUUGCGACCAACGGACGCAUCGUGCCCCGGUUCGAAGACCUCUCCCCAGAGAAGUUGGGCAAGGCGGGCGUCGUGCGCGAGGUCUCCUUCGGUACCACGCGCGACAAGAUGCUCGUGAUCGAACAAUGCGCGAAUGCACGUACAGUAACAGUCUUCGUGCGGGGAAGCAACAAGAUGAUCGUUGACGAGGCAAAACGUUCUCUCCACGACGCGCUUUGUGCCGUCCGGAAUAUAGUCGUGGACAACCGGAUAGUGUAUGGCGGAGGCGCCGCGGACAUCAGUUGCUCGCUGGCGGUGGGAAAGGCUGCGGACGAGAUACCUUCCAUCGAGCAAUACGCCAUGCGCGCAUUUGCAUCUGCCCUCGACUCCAUUCCUCUCGCACUUGCGGAGAACAGCGGCCUAUCUCCCAUCCAGACCCUCGCUGAGGUGAAGAGUCGGCAGGUGAAGGAGGGCAACUCGACACUGGGAAUUGACUGUCUUGGCAAGGGCGAGAACGAUAUGAAGAAGCAGAAUGUGUACGACCCGCUAAUCUCGAAACGACAGCAAUACCUACUGGCUACACAGUUGGUACGAGCAGUCCUCAAAAUCGACGAUGUCAUCGUUGCUGGGGAGGCGGAAGAUUAG